AGAUUCCCAUGGAUGGGAAUGGACAGCAGAGGUGCCUGGGUCCGCGUUCAGUCCAAAGUGGAGUGCAUUGAAGCAUGCGAAAGGCCUCAGUGGGACUCAAGACUCCACCUUAUUCCAGACCAGGAGAAUUACAAGAACAAUGAAGAAGUAGUGCUGAGCUGUCUUGCAGGUUUCCAGCCGUCCUUCACACGCAUAAAGUGUGCAAGGGAAAAACUGCCCACCAUUUACAAGAAUCUUAUGUUUGGAGAUUCAUGGGUCGGCAUGGACAGCCAUGGUGCCUGGAUCCACGUUCAGUCCAAAGUGGAAUGCAUCGAGGUCCUCCAGGUUGUCCCCAGAACCGUGGAGAUUUCCAGCACCAGCAUCAAACUGAACUGGACAUGCAGGGUCCCUGAUGUCUGCCAGCACAUGCGGGCCACAUGCCGCCUGGCAGAGCCUUCCUCCCCUCCCUGUGAGGCUGAGGAGGUGGAGGGAGAGGAGAUGCUACAUGGCCAGGAGGGAACAUUCACUUGUCUCCAUCUGCAUCCCUACACUGUCUACAGUGUCACCAUCUCCCUGCCCCCUGACACCAUCUUGUACACACGGCUCCUCAGGACAGAUGAAGCAGUGCCAGACAAAGUGGAGGAGCUGUGGCUGGAUUCAAGCACAGGUUCCCUCCGGUGGAAGGGGCUGCCCUCCUGCAAAGGGGAGAUCAUUGGCUACCAGCUGAACAUCACGACAAGGAGCUCACAGAAUGGCAGCUUCCUGGAGAUGGAACGACUUUGGCUGAGCAGCUCUGUCACUGAGCACCCACUGCCUGAGUACAGCCCUGACAGGAGCUACGUGGUGACGAUGCAGGGACUCACGGCUGCUGGUGCUGGGGUUGCAUCACUGUGGGAGUUCCAGACCAACAGCUCGGUUGCAGGGCAGCCUCUGGGCCCGUGGCCGGGGACGGCAGUCACGGUGGUGGUGGUGCUGUCAGUGCUGAUCCUCCUGUCUGCAGGGAUCCUGUGGUUUGUGCUGUCCAGGACUUGCUAUCCCAGGAAAAAGAAAGCUGUGCCCAGCAAAGUUGAGGAGGACCUUUACACAGCACUUCAGCUCUAUGAGAACUCGGAUAUUUACUGUGUGAUCAAGAAUACUCUUCUGGCAGAAGAAGACGCAGGCACCACCUGCCAGUGAUAACUCUUCCUUUGUUGUGGUUCCUCCCUCUUUUAUAUGUGAAAGUCUUGAACCUAUGAAUCUUCACAGAGGACCUUGGACUAGGCUUUUCCAGCCCCUGGCAGACAUUAGGAAGCGCACCUGAGAAGAUGCCUGCUCCCAGUGCUAUACUUCAGUAUCUACCUUCCCUCCUGGAACUCUGUGUUGGCGUGUGGCCUGCUCUGGGUGUGCUGGUGCUCAUCUCCCAUUUGGUGAGGUGUGGUUGGCCCUGUCCCUCUUGGAAAAUCCCAUCCCGCAGCCUUUAAGAUCUGCUUGAUCUCGGCUGCUGCUGCUGCUGCCCCAGUGCAGCCUUCAGCAGCCUCUGUCUCUCUCACAUGGAGGGCUGCUGUUGCCCAGUGGAGCCUGGAUGCUGCGGGGCAGCUGAAGGCUCUCUGUGGUGAGGAGUGGACCACUGGUAGAUGGGGCAAUGACCACCCUUUUCUCCAGCUCUGUGGUUAGAAUCACAGAAUGACAGAACGGUUUUGGGUUAGAAAGGAUCUUUCAAGAUCAUCUAGUCCAGCCCCUCUGUUGUGGGCGGGGUCCUCUUUCACUAGAUG